CAAACUCUCUCUCUCUCUCUUUAGCCCUUUAAAAUUCUCUUUCUCUCUAUUUUUCUCUCUAUUUCUCAUUCAAGACCAAGUCUUUUUAUUCUCAUCAUCAUCAUCAUCAUUAUCUCUUCAAUGGCCAAACCUCAAAAGAACAACCUCUCUGCUUCCACUUAUUCCAACAAUAACUCCAUUACCACCACCACCAUGAACAACAUCAACAACACUAACAAUGCUUUGAAAGUCAAGAGAACAAGAAAGAGUGUUCCUAGAGACUCUCCUUCUCAACGUAGUUCCAUUUUCCGUGGUGUCACAAGACAUAGAUGGACCGGAAGAUAUGAAGCUCAUUUGUGGGACAAGAAUUGUUGGAAUGAAUCUCAGAACAAGAAAGGCAGACAAGUUUAUCUUGGAGCUUAUGAUGAUGAAGAAGCAGCAGCUCAUGCUUAUGACUUAGCUGCAUUGAAGUAUUGGGGCCAUGAUACCAUCCUCAACUUCCCUCUAUCAACAUAUCAAGAAGAGCUUAAAGAAAUGGAAGGGCAAUCAAAGGAGGAAUAUAUUGGAUCUCUUAGAAGGAAAAGCAGUGGAUUUUCAAGAGGAGUUUCAAAGUAUAGAGGAGUAGCAAGGCAUCACCAUAAUGGAAGAUGGGAAGCAAGGAUCGGAAGAGUGUUUGGCAACAAAUAUCUCUACUUAGGAACAUAUGCAACACAAGAAGAAGCUGCAACUGCAUAUGAUAUGGCAGCAAUUGAAUAUCGAGGUCUCAAUGCAGUAACUAACUUCGAUCUUAGUCGAUACAUCAAAUGGCUUCGUCCUAACCCUGAGAACUCUAACCCUAAUCUCAUCUCAAUCCCUAACCCUAACCCUAACCCUAAUUUCAACUCUAUCAUCCAAAAAGUUUCACCAAGUGAUCAUCAUCAACAUGCAGAUGAACAAGUCCAAAGUUCUCAUCCACACAACCAACAAAGCUCUGUUGAAACAAGUGUGACCCCUCAAUCGAAAACAUUGACUAACACUACAUCAUCGGCUCUAGGAUUAUUACUUCAGUCAUCAAAGUUCAAGGAAAUGCUUGAGAGAACUUCUUCUGCAACUGAAGUUCCGACUAUGUUGCCACUCAAAUUUAAUAAUAGAUCAUCGAAAUGCAGCUUUCCGGACGAUAUACAGACGUACUUUGAAGGCGGGAACUUCAUUGAAGGUGAUGAUGCUAUUUUUGGUGAUAUAAACACCUUCACUUCUAAUCCUAUCUUUCAAUGUGAGCUUGAUACAUUGGCAAAUCACUAAUUAUAAUGUCAACAAGUUAGGGUUUGCUAUGAAGUUAAUUUAUCAAGUUAAGAGGACUUGGUGAAGGGUC